UUCAAAAACUCCACCCUUCGAUACCGUUAAUGAAUCACCCCUCGCAGGAUUUUGUAAACCCUAACCGAGAAUUUGUGCUAAUUCAAUCGCAUUGCAAUUUUAAAUUCCAACAUCAAGCUUAUUGAUUUCAAGCAUAUUCAUCAAAUUGCGUCAAAGAUCGGAAGAAAUGGGGGUUGAAAAUUAUCACGUCAUUAAGCUUGUUGGCGAGGGACAAUUUGGCAAAGUUUACAAGGGAAUAAGAAAGUUCACUGGCCAGACUGUUGCUAUGAAGUUUAUAAUGAAGCAUGGGAACAGUGAUAAAGAUCUUCACAAUCUUAGGCAAGAGAUCGAGAUACUCAGAAAGCUGAAACAUGAGAAUAUUAUAGAAAUGCUUGACUCCUUCGAGACUGCACAAGAAAUCUGUUUAGUCACAGAAUUUGCUCAGGGUGAACUUUUUGAGGUCCUUAAGAAAUAUAAGUGCCUGCCUGAAGAACAAGUUAAAGCAAUCACAAAGCAGUUGUUCCAGGUAAAAGCGCUGUAUUACUUGCAUUCCAACAGAAUUAUUCACAGGGACAUGAAGCCGCAAAAUAUCCUUAUUGGUUCAGGCUCCAUUGUUAAGCUUUGCGAUUUUGGGUUUGCUCGUGCCAUGUCAAUGAACACUGUUGUACUUCGCUCCAUUAAAGGUACUCCAUUAUACAUGGCUCCUGAGCUUGUUCUUGAACAACCAUACAAUCAGACAGCUGACUUGUGGUCUCUUGGAGUGAUUUUGUAUGAGCUUUUUGUUGGCCAACCUCCAUUUAUUGCCAACUCAGUUUAUGAACUUAUACAACUUGUUAUCAAGGACCCAGUUAGAUAUCAUGAAAAUAUGAGCCCAGAAUUUAAAAGCUUCUUGAAAGGAUUACUUAAUAAGGUCCCACAGCAAAGACUUUCUUGGCCUGGCCUUCUUGAGCACCCGUUUAUUAAAGAUUCUUCAGAUGAUUUGGAGACAAGGGAAUUGCUUUCUCCAAUAAAGCCGCCAAUGGGGUGUGAAGCCGCUCGGAAAGGUGAAGCUGCUCGGAAAGGUAAUAAUCAUACCCCUUGUGCUUCUGAUAGUGAAAAUUCAUCAGGAAUUCUUUCUGAUGCCCGACCCAGUGAGUCUGACUUGGCCGUGACAGAGGCAUCUCUUGGGCCUACAGGCAGUCAACCAGUAGAUAGGCUGGAAAAUAAUUCUCGCACCAUCAAAGGUGCGAAAGUGAUAGGCAAAAAAAAGGAGGCCUUAACACUCAUUCUGGAGCCAGUCAAAAUCUUUUCUAAAGGAAUAGGGAACUCUAUCAGGAAGGAAGACAUUCUCAAUUUGAGUCAGUCACUCAGAAUUCUUUCAAACUUAGUUGCAGCUUAUGCUGUCACACAUACCAGUCGGGAUGAAAUAAUUUUUGAUCUUCUUGGGCUGACUUCAGCUCUUCUUAGCCAAAAAAAGAUUGACGAUUAUGACUUGAUUGCUAAGAGUUUCAUGAUUAUUAGAAAAUUGAUUGAUGGUGGUGGAGACAGCUUUGGGAGCUCAUGUUUUACCCAGUGGGUUGCCCUUGUUGAGAUGUUUUUACAGGUCCUUAGUAGCUCAGAAGAUUCGAGUGGUAGACUUCUUUAUGAAUCUACCUCCUCUAUUGCAGUCAUGUUAAAUCAAGUUACUUCAGCUAUUAAAACAUUUUCUCCUUCCGUCCCUCCUAAAGCUAUUGAUAUACUGAAGCAAAUCCUUGAUCAUGCUAAAACAAGUGGUUUGGUUGAUCAACUUUGUGCGUGCUUAGCAGCUUCAGGAGCAAGUUUGAUUCCAGGUUCUGGUAAUUUGGCCCGUGUUGCUGAGGAAGGGUGUAGAGCACUUUGGUUUUUAAUUAAUGCAUUGGAAUGUUUAUCACUCAAAGAGAAAGCUAGGACAUUUCCACUCACUUCUUUGCGCAGCCAUUCAUUAGCCCGACUUGAUAUCAGAGAGCACGACAGGUGUCCAGAUAUUGGAACCGAUUAUGAGAAAGUUCUUGAUGACAUAACAAGAGAAUUUCUGUAUUCCCAACCAGUUCGUUGUGCUAUAUUGUACUGCCUUCAUCAGCGCAAUGAAGCUGUACUCUUAGCUGCUAUCCAGCUCCUACUGAGGUGUUGUAUGCGCAGUGGAACAGUGCCGGGAGUACUUUGUGGCCUUCCGAGUUCUUUGACUGUGACAACAGAGGUGAGUGGUGGAGGGGAUCACACAUUUGUUUCUGAGAUAUUCUCCAUAAUAUCUCUUUGUGGAUCAUAUUUGAACAAAAAUUCCCAAAUUGGUGAAGCAAAUGGCUCGGAGUGCAAAUUAGCUAAUCCUCACGGUCUUGCUUUGCAUUCAUGCUUGCUGCUUGCAACGAUUGCUCAAUCAUUUAAGUCGGUUCGGAGGAGAUACUCAGCUUCCAUUCUGACUACUUCCUCAAAGAAACAGCAGUCAAGGCUGUCAUCACUUGCGCAACUUUUUUCUAUUAAUGAUGGUGUUCCAUCUUCAUUUCACCCUCACUGUGCAUCUGCCAUGCUAGCCUUUGCAUCUAUUCUAUCUCUUGAGACUGGAUCUUCAGUUGAGUCUUCAUUAUCUGACAUUGCAAUGCCUUUUGUCCCUCCAACUGCUACUCUGUGUGACCUCCUCAAAACGAAUUAUAGAAUCGAGCAUGAGAACAACUAUUGGCAUGGGCAACAGGAUGGAUAUGUUGGCUUGCUUGAAUGUGGAUUAAAAUGGGGAGGACCUUUGGCUGUUCAACAAUUUUGUGCUAGUGGACUCCCACAACUCCUUAUAGAUUUGCUGGGAAACAAUCCUAGUGUUGAUUCUCAAGCAACCGGUUAUGAUCUAGUUGGGCUAUCUCCUACUGGAGUAUUGUGGGCUAUUUCAUGUUUAAGCCAUUGCCUGCCAGGUGGCUCUGCGACGUUUCGACAGAUAUUACUGCAGAAGGAACAUGUUGAAUGUAUUCGUGACUUGGUAUCUGAUGCUCAUCUGAAGCUCCUUAAAACUUGGGUUGGGCCUAGCGGGGGGAAGAGUGGAAUGAGGGAUAUCAUAAAUGCAGUGAUUGAUAUUUUUGCCUUUCCUUUUGUUGCCAUUCAAAAUGCCUCUGGUUUGCCAUCUACCACUGCUUCCAUGAGCAGUGGACUUGUACUUAAUGUAGGUUCACCUGGUGCAAAAGUAUGCAGCAAAGACUUAGACAUUAUGAAAGCAAUCAAGGAAAACAUGGAAAAGUACACAAAGAUUCUUCUAGAGGCAGGAUUGCCUGUCAUAAUUUUGCGAUGUGCUGAUGGUUUGGAGUUAAAAGACAUGCAAAGGCCAGUGGCAUUCCUUGCAAAAAUGACUAGCCAUGAACCAUUGGCAAUUCAUCUUGUGCGGAAGGGGAUGCUGAAAGCUUCCAGGAUAAGGAGAUUGUUUGAUUGUUCAUGCCCAAAAGGGGUCAUCUGUGAUGUCCUCAUGAUCGUGUCUGAACUAGCAUUUAUGAACAAGGGUUUCUAUGAAUACAUCGACAAGGCAAACAUAUUGACACGCUUAAAGGAGUUCCUCACUGCUAAAGAUCCUGAUUUACGUGCAAAUGCUUGUUUUGCUAUAGGAAACAUGUGUCGACAUAGCUCUUACUUUUAUUAUUCACUGGCAAGACAUGGAAUCAUCAGUCUACUCAUUGAUCGAUGUGCUGACACGGACAAGAGUACCAGGAAAUUUGGCUGUUUUGCUAUUGCAAAUGCAGCGUUCCAUAAUAGUUUGCUGUAUGAAGAACUUAGAAGUUCCAUACAUCAACUAACAAAUCUGCUACUUUUACCUGAGGAAGACAAGACAAAAGCUAAUGCUGCUGGUGCUCUAAGUAAUCUUGUUCUCAAUUCAAACGAACUCUGUGAAGACAUUGUGUCUCAUGGUGCUAUACAGGCUUUACUUAAGGUGGUCUCAGACUGCUCAACAGUAGCAUUGAAUCCUUCGAGAAGGGAUGAUGUGAAGGAGUUUCCUCUGAAAUUUGUUCUCAUUGCUCUGAACAAAAUGUGUGCACACUCACCUUGCAGACAAUGUAUUCAUUCUUCAGAGUUGUUUCCUGUGUUAUCACAACUUCGACAAUCACCUCAAGUCAAAAUAGCCGACUAUGCGUCCCUGAUUUAUGACAAAGCUAGUCAAGUUUGAACCUUAUCUUAACCAAAUAGAGAAUCUAAAUAAUCAAUCGAAAAUUAGGAAUUGGCGAAUUGCAAUAAAAAGUUGGAGAAAGAAAAUCCUCAAUUUCAA